AUAAGAUUGAUACACUACUGGAACGGAUAGGGGAAUGUUAGGGCAGGUGCAACGUUUUCUGAAAGUGCACACUUUGUUGUUUUUGAAUCGUGGAAUCUAAACGGACAGUACUAUACACGUGUCCAGAUAAAUAUGCAUAAUAUAGCAUGUUUAUGAAACUAUGGGUUAUUUUUCCAGAAGAAUUUAAAUUUAAAAGGACAGUUCUUUUUUGACAGACAUUUAUACAUGCUUUAACCAGUAGUUUGUAUGAAAUCCGAUUUAUUAAUUAUUCUUUGCUUAAAUCCAAAGAUGCGUAAUUAUCUUUGUUAAAACUACCCAUACCACAAGCCCUUUGUCAGUGGGUUGGUCCCACAUUACAAAUUGUCCCCCAGGAAACAAACACUCGAUGGAGCGGCGCUCAGACGUCGAUUUUUUGAUUGGUUCAAGGCAGGAGUGUUACUAGGCAGAACUGAAUAAUGCUGUGGAUUCCUUUUUUUAAUUGGCUAUGUGUGCGUGACAGCGUGAAAUAGUUGUAAUCUAGUGUUUUGGUUGUUUCAUUCUGUAUUGUCAAGUGAAUCAGCAGUAAUGGAGGAAUCUGUGUCUAACGUGGAAGUAUGCAAUUUGGCAUAUACUGGACAAUUUGAAGAGUUAAAAAACAAAAUUUUGUCAGAUAAAUCGCUAGCUUGUAAAACAGAUCAGGAUCAUAGAACAGUUCUGCACUGGGCAUGUUCAGCUGGGCACGCGGACAUUGUGGCGUUUCUGUUAGCUUUUGGAGUGGAUGUGGAUCUGAGUGAUGAUGCGGGUUGGACUCCACUUCACAUUGCAGCCUCAGCAGGAAGGGAAGAGAUUGUGAAGGCUCUGAUCACCAGGGGGGCACAGUUGAAUGUUGCCAAUGAGAAUGGCUGCAGACCUUUGCAUUAUGCAGCUUCCAAAGACAGAUAUGAGAUUGCCCAGAUGUUAUUAGAGAAAGGCGCAGACCCAAAUGCUACAAACAAGUUGCAAUCUACCCCGUUGCACAGAGCUUCAGCAAAGGGAAACCGUCGACUAAUUCAGCUCCUCCUGAAGCACAGUGCCUCCACCAACAUCCAGGAUUCAGAGGGAAACACAGCACUUCACCUGGCUUGUGAUGAAGAACGGACAGAAGCAGCCAAGCUACUGGUGGAGCAUGGAGCUAGUAUUUAUAUAGAGAAUAAAGAGGAGAAGACACCUCUACAGAUUGCUAAAGGAGGACUUGGGGCAGUGUUGAGGAGGAUUGUGGAGGGCUGAUGCUGUUUCUUAGUACAUGUAAACUGCUUCUCGAAGGAAUAUGUUUUGUUAGAAAGCACUUCAAAGUUUAAACGUGUUCUCAGCUUCUAAAGGAAGCAUGUGUUAAAAAAAACAUGAAGUUUGUGUAGAUUUAUUUUCAUACUUGCCAUUCUUUAUUGUGCAGCAGUUAAUAUUUGGAAGCAACUUGCAAUUCAGUUAUCAACCAUGAAGAUUAUACUAGCAGGAUUUUGUGUUUUAAAAAAUGUAUUUUAAUUUACUUAAACUAAAUACAUUCCUUAUAAUAACACUCACCGGACUUCCAUUUUCUUCACCGGUUGUUCCCAGUGUAUUCUGAUACUUUUAUAGACCAUAAAAAGCAUUUAAUAAAGGUAAUUAUUCCCUG